GUCUUCCCCCCAGAUAAGCUGCUUCUGCAGUAAUGGGCCUUCAGUCUCUAUUUGUACUUCCCCCAGCACUCUUCUGGUUUAGCUCAGCUCCAUCUUCCAAUGUCAUAACUUAGAAGCCACCAACCCCUGAGGUGUACAGAUGAGGAAAAAGGCCUAGAAACAAGCACUAAUUUCACUGAGGUCUCAUAGUAAGUCAUUCACAGGGCUGGAAGUAGAACUUAGACCUCCUAGCCUCUGAGUAUACUGGCUCUCCUUAUCUCUCCUCUCCCUUCAGCCCCCUUUCCCCAGCACCAGCUGCCCAACACUCCUUAAGUGGAUCUGCCAUAAUCCUCUUCUCUUCAUCCCCCAGGGAGGAUAAGCUGGUGUUAAGACUAAUGCAGCUAUUAAUCCUAUUUCCUUUCAACUAUGAUCCAUAGGAGCAGAUGGGUUGCAGGAUGUCUGGGUUCUGGAUCAGAAAGUAGGGACCUCAGCUAGAGCUGGUAUCCCAGGUCAUAUGAGAUCAGAUACAUUGAUUAUGACUCAGAAAGAGGCUUCUAGCUGUUAGCAGUGGAUCAGGCUGCCUUGAGAGAGAGUGAGCUCCCCAUUACCAGAGUUAUGGGAAUAGGAGCCCAGCAGGAUUACAGAACAGAGGGUGGACCAAGAUUCCUAUCUGGGGUGGAGUCCCUUACAGCUGUGCAAGGCCAGGAUUCUGUGUGAACAGUUGCUGUCUCAAACAGCUAACCAACCAGAGAGGAAAAGCAAAACAUACAUGCUGAGGACCUAUCACUUCCAAACAGUACAAACUAGCAUAUUUAGCCCAUUGGCUCUGCCCUCUUCUGGUCCCAGGUCUGUCUUCCCUGGGUGCUUGGAGACUUUUACAGGCCAGCCCCACGUCUGGGUACCUUCUGCAUCUGCAGCCUUGCACAGGACCCUUCAUCCUCACACAGUCCUGGAACACUGAGCUGAAGAAGGAAGAUGAGAAGCCCCACCCCCCAAGGCCAUGGAGGUGGAGGCUGUGGAGGCUGCAGAGGCCCGGUCCCCAGCCCCCGGCUACAAGCGCUCUGGCCGCCGCUAUAAAUGCCUGUCCUGUACCAAGACAUUUCCAAAUGCGCCCAGGGCAGCACGGCAUGCUGCCACACAUGGGCCGGCCAACUGCACAGAGGAUGUGGUCGAGGUGAAGCCAAAGCUGGAGACAGAACCCAAGGCAGAGGAAGCCAGUGGGGACAAGGUGUCAGGUUCAGUGGCUAAGCCACGGCCCUAUGCAUGCCCGCUAUGCCCCAAGGCAUACAAGACGGCCCCUGAGCUGCGCAGCCAUGGGCGCAGCCACACUGGUGAGAAGCCCUUCCCGUGUCCUGAGUGCGGGCGCCGCUUCAUGCAGCCAGUGUGCCUACGUGUGCACCUGGCCUCGCAUGCUGGUGAGCUGCCCUUCCGCUGCUCACACUGCCCCAAGGCCUAUGGCGCGCUCUCCAAGCUCAAGAUUCACCAGCGUGGUCACACAGGCGAGCGGCCCUAUACCUGUGCGGACUGUGGCAAGAGUUUCGCUGACCCCUCAGUGUUCCGCAAGCAUCGGCGCACUCACGCCGGCCUGCGGCCCUACGGCUGUGAGCGCUGCGGCAAGGCCUACGCUGAGCUGAAGGAUCUGCGCAACCACGAGCGGUCACACACCGGUGAGCGGCCCUUUCUCUGCUCCGAGUGUGGGAAGAGCUUCUCCCGCUCAUCCUCUCUCACGUGCCACCAGCGUAUCCAUGCCGCACAGAAGCCCUAUCGCUGCCCGGCCUGUGGCAAGGGGUUCACGCAGCUCAGCUCCUACCAGAGCCACGAGCGCACUCACUCCGGAGAGAAACCCUUCCUGUGCCCUCGCUGUGGCCGCAUGUUCUCAGACCCGUCAAGCUUCCGGCGCCACCAACGGGCACACGAGGGUGUGAAGCCUUACCGCUGUGAGAAGUGCGGCAAGGACUUCCGGCAGCCGGCCGACCUGGCCAUGCACCGGCGGGUGCACACGGGCGACCGGCCAUUCAAGUGCCUGCAAUGCGACAAGACGUUUGUGGCAUCUUGGGACCUCAAGCGGCAUGCCUUGGUGCACUCAGGCCAGCGGCCCUUCCGUUGUGAGGAGUGUGGGCGAGCCUUUGCUGAGCGUGCUAGUCUCACCAAGCACAGCCGCGUGCACUCGGGUGAGCGCCCCUUCCACUGCAACGCCUGCGGAAAGUCCUUUGUGGUAUCAUCAAGCCUGAGAAAACAUGAGCGGACCCAUCGAAGCAGUGAAGCUGCAGGGGCUCCCCCACAACAGGAGCUGGUAGUGGGGUUGGCGCUACCUGUAGGCAUGACCAGCGAGGGCUCAGGCACCCCAGCAACAGGGGCUGGGCUUGGGGAGCCUGCUGCAGGGCUGCUAGGGCUGCCCCCAGAGUCUGGUGGCGUGAUGGCCACACAGUGGCAAGUGGUGGGAAUGACAGUGGAGCAUGUGGAAUGCUCAGAUGCUGGUGUUGGGGUGGCUUCUGGUCCCUUGGGAGGGCCAGGUGGAGGAGGCGAGGAGGUUGAUGAGAAGCCCCCCCAGUUUUUGUGCCGCAAGUGCAAGGAGACCUUCUCCACACUGACAUUGCUGCGGCGACAUGAGCGGUCACACCCAGAGCUCCGGCCCUUUCCCUGCACCCAGUGUGGAAAGAGCUUCUCAGACCGGGCUGGGCUGCGCAAACACAGCCGUACACACAGCUCUGUGCGCCCCUACUCCUGCCCUCACUGUCCCAAGGCUUUCUUGAGUGCCAGUGACCUGCGCAAGCAUGAACGCACCCACCCUGUGCCCAUGGGGACCCCUACACCCCUGGAACCCCUUGUGGCUUUGCUAGGAAUGCCUGAAGAAGGGCCAGCCUGAAGCCCAUGCCCACUAGUUCUCCACACUCCCAAGAGCCCAGCCCCCACAGAGUUCCUCCUGAGCCUCCUUUUGCCCCAGCUCUCUCUUUAAAGAGUCCAGAUCCCUGCCCCUGGUCAACUAACUCACCUGUUGCACAGCUAAGAGAGCAGGGGUGGGUAGAGUCUGGCAGCAGCUGUGAGAGAUGAUUCUCCCUGAGCAACGCUUAUUAAACCUUUCACCUUGGCA